AUGUCAAUGCCACUGGAUCAACUGCAACAGCCGCCGCCAUCAUUAUCUUACACUCGUUACUCAAGGCAUGGAUCAGUUGGUCCCGUCAUCGCUGUUCUCGCUGUCAUCGCAAUCUUAGGUACUCUCGCUGCUAUAGUCGGACGACUCUGCUCAGGAAGGAGAAUCAUGGGCCAUGGCCAAUACGAUAUUGAAAGUUGGUUGGAGGAAAAAUGCUCAUCUUGCAUUGAUGGAAGAGUCAAUCCACCACCACUGCCCAGUGCUGACAUAUCCGCUGGCUCCGUUCCACUAUCAAUUCCAAUCCAUACCCAAGAAGAAACUAAGCCGGACGAGCCAUCUUCUCAAAACCCACGUCCAAAAGGGUACGUGUCGUGA